AUGGCUGCUUUGUUGCAACCCCGUCCAUUUCCUUUGACGCCAGCCUCCCAGCUCGUGUUUUUCAAGAAGGUCUGGCAGCUUUUCAAGCGCAACACCAUCGGGAUACCGCUUCCGAGCAAGAAGAAGUACAGACUUUCCGCAGAAGAGUUGGUACUCCAUCGCAACCUUGCCGUGUUGUAUUGCCAACUCCUUCCACACUUGAAGACCAAGCUGUCGGCAGAUGAUGUGGAUGCUAUGGAGGAGUCCUUUAUGGCUGGCACAAACGAUGACUUUGCAGCACUUUUGGACACACGGCCUCAGCGCGUUGCUUUGUCGAUGCUGAGGAGCCAGAAGGUCAAGGCCAUGAAGAGGAACCAAGAACAGCAAAGCAUGAUCGUGUCCGAAGUUGCUGAACAGCGAGAAAAAGUCACCGAAGCUCAGUGGAAUUACUUCGUGUCAGCGCUGAAGCAGGACCAGACUUCAUUGCAGAAGGAUGCCUAUGUGCGUGUGACUUCAGUGAACAAGAUGGACCUCAUGAUGGGCGAGGUUGCCAAAAUGAAGGCGGCUGAUGCAGGGUGCUCACAGGACCAGAUCGGGGUUCUGUCAUGGGCCGACUUCAAUUGUCCUUGGGCGAGGACAAAAGAAAACAGCCAGUCCAUCCUCAGAGGAAUGGCAUCGCUGAACGAAGCGAACCCGGCUGGCACAGCAGGCCUGCUGAUUCAGCCCGACUCCGCCAGAGACAGCAGUCUUCGGGGAUUGUAUGACGAGGAGCGUCAACUGUUCGACAGCUUGUUCAGCAUGAGCCAAAGCUGCGAAACACGUUUCGUGGAAGUCUUCAGUCGUGAGAGCAAGAAGGCAGAGUCCAAAUCAAAUGCAAGGAAGUUCGGUUCAGGACGACUGGUGACUUCGUCCUCUUUGAUGGACUCUAACGGCUGGCUCGCUUCAGAAUUGGCUGUCUACGGGCGCUUCGUCGGGGCGAACGAGAGCAGUGACAGCGUUGCUCCUUUGGCCAUUUUGCCAAAAACGGCGAGCUUGCUCAUCCCUGAACCGGCAAGUCCAGACACUGUGCGCAUUGCAGACAGGCUCAGACCAUCUCAUGAACAGGUGGCGGCGCAGAAGGGUGUAAUGCGCCUGGAGUUUUUGGUCUCGUCUGUGUUGAAGUACACAUCCUUCCCUGCAGUAUUGAUAGUAAACCUUACUGGCUACGUGGAGGAACUUGCUAUUGCAGUUGCAAACAUGAGAUGCAAGAAGCCGACAUUGGUUGCAGACUGCCCGAUGCCAAGUGAUAAGCUCUACUACCUGAGCGUCCACACUUUGGACAACAUGGAGGGGGUCAAAUACGGCAAGAGCAGGGUCCACAGGGAGUUGCUGGACAUGUGGCUUGAGAAGAAGUUCACAUAUGGUGGCCAUGGCUUCAACGAUCAGUCAGUGGCUCUUACUGAGGAAGAGAAAGCCGGGAUCGAUUGCUACAAGUACAUGAAUGAUCCUGCCAGCUUGGAACUUCAAGUUCUUGUGAAGAGCGGCUCUGACUUUAAGAUCCACCCUGACCAGAUGAGGUUUGCGGAGCUAAAGGCUGAUCACGAGAAGAAUUUUCAGCCUGUGUUGAAGAACAUCAUUGCCGCGUCAGCCAGUGUCGAUCGCGAAGGGCCCGAGGCGGAAGCAGCUGUUGUCCCUGCUGAUGGUGGUGGUGAAGGGGAGGACACGGAGCUCAAGUCCUAUGGCAGUGUGGAGGAGCUGGAGAAAGAUGAUGGUCCUUUUGUAGCUCGGUGCAUGUCCGAGAUUGCUGGUAUUGAGGUGAUCAAGGGCAAGUCUGAGAAAGUCUACUUGGUCAGUGUUGACAAGCGCCGCAUUGUGCCUAAGCACACUUUGCUUGGUGGGUAUGGUACUGGCAAGUAUCAGCCAGUUGUUCCUGGGGAGCCCUUGGAUGAGAAACAAAGCGUUCUGCUGAAAUGGGAUCUUGGCGACAAAACGCCAAUACAGAUCGACAUGUCGUCCCUCAAUCCUGACAGCACUGCCAUGGAUGUCAUGACAUGUUACCGCUACUUCACCAUGCUGGAGAAGCAGAAGAAGGCGACGCAGUAUGAGCUGUCCUACAGCGAGGAUCUUUCCAAGCCGUUGACCUGCAAGUCGAUCUUUUACAAUGUGGCAAAGCAGAUUGACAACAGCAAGGCCUUGCUGUGCAUCUUCCGGUUCCGCUACGACCGUGUGCACGGCGUGACAAAGCUGCAGAAGCCCUAUGUGAUGUCGCGAGUGGCUCUCACUCUUGAGCAGGGAAAACCCUUGGCCACUUGAUUUUCGGAAGACAGUCUUAGCGAGUCAUGAUUUAUCCAUUCUCUCGGCCCG